CGGUUUGUUCCCGCGCCCCCCCCCCCCCCCCUCUCUCUCUCUCUCUCUCUCUCUCUCUCUCUCUACAUGGCAUUCUUGGGGUCAUGUAUCUUGUGUUUAAUCCCCUUCUCUCUGCUUUUCGGCCUCUGUUUCUCAUUUGCAAAUGUUUCCGAGUUCAAAUUGGAGCUCUCUUACAAAACUCUCUCCCCUUUGGGUGUCCCUCAACAGGUUAUUGCAGUAAAUGGAAUGUUUCCUGGUCCAGUUCUUAAUGUUACUACUAGUCACCUUGUCAACGUAACUGUGACGAACAAAUUGGACGAAAAUCUCCUCAUUACUUGGGCUGGAUUGAGAAUGCGUCGCGCUUUUUGGCAAGAUGGCGUUCUAGGCACAAAUUGCCCCAUUCCUCCAAACCAUAGUUGGACUUACCAAUUCCAAGCCAAGGAUCAGAUCGGCAGCUUCUUUUAUUUCCCAUCACUCAAUCUUCAAAGAUCAGCUGGUGGUUUCGGUUCUUUUAUCAUCAAUAACUUGCCUCGAGUACCUCCGCCUUUCAACACUCCGUAUGGUGAUAUCGUUGUUUUCAUCGGUGAUUGGUAUAAACAAAGCCAUAAGGCACUGAGAGGGGCACUCGACAAUGGAACUGACCUUGGAAUACCGGAUGGAGUUCUCAUUAACGGGAAGGGGCCUUAUAGCAUGGCUGAACCUUUUGAUUAUGAAAAAAUCAAUGUUGUCCCAGGAAAAACCUAUCGGAUUCGGGUGCACAACGUCGGGGUGUCAACUUGCUUGAACUUUCGAAUCCAGAACCACAAUUUGUUCCUCGUUGAAACAGAGGGGCAUUACACUGCUCAACAAAGCAAUUCCAGCUUUGACAUACACGUCGGGCAGUCUUACUCAUUUUUGGUUACCAUGAAUCAGGAUGCGAAUAGCGAUUACUACAUCAUAGCAAGCCCGAAGUUUAUGAACCCUAAUCAAACCUAUCAGUGGCAAAAUGUUAUUGGGGUUGCUAUCAUGUACUAUUCCGAAUUGAAAGGGAAGGCAGCUGGUCCUCUCCCAACCGCUCCAGUACCACCAAAUGGUGUUUAUAAUACGUCUCUCGCGAUGGAGCAGUCAAUGUCCAUCAGGCAAGACGUCAAUGCUAGAGGAGGUGGCCUUAGCCGACAAGGCGCGUUCAAUUACAGUCUGCUCAGUUCCACCGAGCUCUUCAUUUUAAGAAGCACACAACCAGUAACAAUUGACGGCAAACUUCGAGCUACAUUUAACGGAAUUUCGUUCGAAAAUCCAGGUUAUCCAAUUCGGCUAGCUGACCAGUUUGACAAAUCGAAAGAUGUUUACAAUCUCGAUUUCCCAAACGCGAUGUUGUCGAGCGGGCCGCCUCAGAUUGGCACCUCUCUCAUUAAUGGAACGUAUGACCACUCCAUGGAACUCAUAUUGCAAAACAAUGACACUGUUGUGCUGAGCUUUCACAUGGAUGGUCAUUCGUUUUUUGUUCUUGGGAUGGGGCUUGGAGAAUGGACAAAAAACAGCAGGGAGUUGUAUAAUUGGACCGAUGCUAUAUUUCGUUCUACUAUACAGGUUUUUCCAGGUGGGUGGACAGCAGUUCUGGUCUAUUUGGACAACGUUGGAGUGUGGAAUCUUAGAGCAGAGAAUCUCGACAGAUGGUAUCUAGGCCAAGAGACGUAUAUCAGGGUUGUAGAUCCCCAUGUAGAUAACGCAACUGUGUUCGAUAGAGUGCCCGAUAAUGUUUUCUACUGCGGUAAAAUUGAAAAUUACACAAACCCAAAAUCUUUGGUAUCAAUUGCCAGGGGAGUCGGACAUCCAAAGUUGUAUCUCACGCUGCUCGUGGUGUUUUCUGCUUCAAUCUCGAUUUUGUGCUAAGUUUUUUUUGGGUCAAAUGAAAGUAACAUUCUUAUGCCCAAGCCAAAUGCCAGUCACUCUGCGUGUGUGUGUCUUCAUUGUGUUUAGUUUUUGGUUGUGGUAUUUCGAAAUGCACUUGGGUUUUGGGAGAAACUUGUAUGUGGGAAUUGCUUAGCAUUGUGUGUGGGCCAUGGAUGGCUACCAACUUCAUUGAAUUCCAUCUAGUACGUUGCUCUUGUUUAAGGUUUGGAAUUGUUAAAGUACUUGAGAAUUUCUCUUUGC